AUGGGACCUUUAUUGAUUAGCAGGCGAUUGCUCAAUCCAAAUCUACGCCCACUAAGCUCGCCAAGCGCACCUACGUCACAAAACGUCUCUUCACCUCAGCCAAAUAUCUUACGGCUGAGAGCAGCGCCGUCUUUGUCUGCUUCUUCAAGUUCCAGCACGCCACCAAUGGAGAGACCUCGCCGGCGCCGAAGACCAGCAUUCUCGUGCCUGGAAUGCAGGCGACGAAAGAUAAAGUGCGAUCGGGAAGAUCCGUGCUCACAUUGCGUCUCUGUCGCGAUCCAGUGUGUGCACAAGGUCUUUCGAGAUGCGCCCGAGACCUCCCCCGUCCAAAGCAGUACGCAGGGCCGAACAGCAGUCUCCUCACCAGUUGAUACCCCAUCCUCCCGUGCCCAAAGCCGACAAUCUCGUACACAUAGAAUCGUAAACGAAAAGGGCAGAGUGACGUCCAGGCCUCUCGUCGCCAGAGCGGAUAUAUCACAGUCCACACCAGCACUAACACUCGCGGGGCAAAUAGAAGCCACCACAGCUCAGACCCCACCAACCACCCGUGCCGAAGAUGAGCAGCCAAGUGUACAUGCUCUUUUACGACGGAUACAGCAUCUCGAGGAUUCUCUGGCAACGAGUCCCGUACUUGCGCACUCUGAGCCUGGAGGGGAAUUGAUUGAUCGCCAACCGGUGCAUCAAAAUACACGGGUCAGCCUCUACAAGACAAGGACCUUAAAAUGGAGCUACUGGUUGGGUAUGGCUGAUGAGUUUGACCUUAUCGUAGCUUGCUAUUCCGCGGCUGGCGGCGGCCUCUUUGCUAGCUACGGCGAAACAGACGACGACGACAAGCCGAACUCCUUCCACGGGCCUGAGAUUGAAUCCCUGCUUGAAGAGAUUGGGGAUCUCCUGCGAAAGUCUAAAGUGUUCGCAAAACGUCUUAAGACGGGGCGACCAAGCAAGUCUCUCGGAGGAGCUGGCUUUGAUCUUCGCCCCCCCUCCCGCGAGCUGGCAGACACCAUGGUCGAUCUCUACUGUACCUCUUUCGAGUCGGUGUAUCGGAUAAUUCACGUGCCUUCGUUUCGUUCCGAGUACCAGAGAUACUGGGACAACCCAGAGAGUGCCACGGCCAGUCAGUGUCUCAAGAUCCUCCUGGUAAUCAGCAUAGGGUCAAGUCUACACAACCAUGGGAAUGCCACCACGGGUCUACGACAAAAGGUACAACAAUGGGUCCAUGCUGCUCAGGCAUGGCUUUCCGGCCCGCUGGAAAAGGAUCGCCUGGACGUCAGGGGGCUCCAGGUCUACUGCUUGGUGAUCCUUGCACGACAGAUCUUCUCAAUUGGCGGCGACCUAGUUUGGGUGUCGAUGGGGUCGGUAAUUCGUACGGCCAUGCAGAUAGGGCUUCAUCACGAUCCCAAACACCUCCCGGCGAUGUCGUUACUACAGGCUGAACUCCGAAGGCGGUUAUGGGCUACUGUGCUCGAGAUGGCAAUACAGUCGUCCCUAGACUCGGCGAUGCCGCCCAUAAUCUCCUUAAACCAUUUUGAUACCGAAGCACCUUCAAACUACAACGACGAUGAGAUUGAUGAGUCGACUAUCGAGCUCGUGCCCCAUCCGAGAAGCACCUACACAACUUCCUCAAUACAGCUUAUCCUCCUCGACUCGAUACCGACACGCCUCCGCAUUCUCCAGCUACUCAGCGGCCUUAAAGCAGAACUAUCUUACCAGGACGCGCUUUCACUGAGUUCGGAACUGACCGAUUCAUAUUCUGCAUACAGGAAAUUCGGCCAAGAGAACAUCAACUCUGGUAUGACCCCAUUCCACAGGAAUCUGAUCGAUUAUUUCGUACGCCGAUUUCUAAUCCCCCUACACUGUUUAUUUUCCAGCAAGGCGCAGGCAAACCCGAUUUUCUAUUCUCUCAAAGUUAACCUAGACGUUGCUAUGGCCAUCGUCUCUCCCGAACCAGACGAAGGCUUCUCACGAAUCAUGGCUACCGGAGGGGGGCUGUUCCGCGAGGGUUUCUGGUAUGCAACAUCUAUCAUCGGCCGCGAGAUUCUUUCGCAAGUCUCAGUGCAGCAUCGAGAGGGGACGCUCCUUCGCAAUGCCCAGCACCGAGAGCUUCUCAAGCAAGCCGUGAGGGAUAUGAUCUCUUUGGCGGUGGCGAGGAUGCACCAAGGCGACACCAAUGUCAAGAUUCACAUGUUUCUGAGUAUGAUAUUGGCACAAACCGAAGCUACGGAAGAAGGCGUGCCAUGUGAGCUCAUGAUUGCACAAGGAGCAAGGGACAGCCUUCAGUUAUGUCAUGAUCUGCUGCAGACACAAGCCGGCACUGAGCCCGUGCCGUAUUACGACGACGCGGCCGUCACGUCCUCAACUUUGGAUUGGCUGCCGGAAAACUCGCUUUGGGACUUUGACCUGGAAUUCUUUCUGCCUGAUCUGGGGCUUUCGUAG